AUGAGCUGGCUCUGGGGCAAUGAGACGACGGAGCAGGCGCAGUUCGUGGUGAGCGCGCUGCAGAGCGAGCUGGACGAGCGCGAGAGCAAGAUCAAGGCGCUGGAGGCGGCGCUCAAGCGCGAGCAGCAGGACCUGACGGCGUUGCUGGAGGACGAGGUCAAGGAGCUGGAGGCGCGGCGCAAGGCCAUCGAGAAGGAGCUGCAGGGCGUGGACGCGCUCAUCCGCGAGAAGCAGAAGAUCAUCCAGCGCAGCAAGAGCGACGCGCUCAAGAACAAGAAGCAGUCGGCCAAGAGCAAGAAGAGCAAGGGCCAAGAAGAAGCAACAGAAGAAGAAGAAGGCUGCCGCUGCUGCUGCUACCGAGAGGCGGCUGAGUCCAAGGCCAUUCUGCCAAUGGACAAGAACUUGAAGAUGGUGGCCAAGGAGGAGCCGAAUGUGGCGUUUAUUAUCCAGCGAAGCAAUAACUCGAAUACGGUGGUGUAUGCGGGGUGCAAGUCGUCGGACGGCAAGUCGCUGGACGCGACGACUCCGAUCAAGGUGUACUGGAUCAUGUACGAGAAGGAGGGCAACCCGCGCGAGGACCUCAACAUGAUUGAGCGGAACACAGCGUAUGGUGUGACGUCCAAGCCGUCGGAUGUGCCGGGCGAGCACCUGGCGAGCAUCGCGUCACUGCGUGAUCGCGACUGCGUGCUUUGUCUGGACAAGCACGGGAACGUGUUAGCGCUGACGACCAUUAACGGCAAGAAGGGCAUGGUGCUGCGGCGCGUGUUCGUGCAGAUGACGACGAGCUGGGGCAUCCCAACUGUGGACUACGUGGACAUCUACGGCAUGGAUCCGAAGACGCACGAGCCCGUAUACGAGAAGAAGAAGAACAAGUAA